AGGAAGAAGUGAAUAGAAGCAAAGAAGGUGUUGCAAAUCAAAAGCACAUAGAGAUAUCAUCUUAUACCAGUCAGAAUGGCUAUUCUUAAAAUUCUUGGAUUGCCACAUCAUGAGCACUGCACCUCCAUCAGGAAUGAAAAUUCCUACUACAAUUAAAAGAAAGAAGAAACAAAAUUAAUUUGCUGAUGAAAAAUAUGUUGACAAAGGAAACAGGAUCUGCUUGGUGAAAGAAGUGGCAUGCAAUGGAUCCCAAAUAUCAGCGUGUGGCGCUAAAUGAUGGUCACUUCAUGCCCGUAUUGGGAUUUGGCUCCUAUGCACCUCCAGAGGUUCCGAGGAACAGAGUUGUGGAGGUCACCAAAUUAGCAAUAGAAGCUGGCUUCCGCCAUAUUGAUUCUGCUUAUUUAUACAACAAUGAGGAGCAAGUUGGACUGGCCAUCCGAAGCAAGAUUGCAGACGGCAGUGUGAAGAGAGAAGACAUAUUCUACACUUCAAAGCUUUGGUGCACUUUCUUUCGACCACAGUUGGUCCAACCAGCCUUGGAAAGCUCACUGAAAAAACUUCAACUGGACUAUGUGGACCUCUAUCUUAUUCAUUUCCCAAUGGCUCUCAAGGUAAGGAAUCUUGAGAUCAAACUUCUUUCUCUUCUGUUGUCAACAUGA